AUGACGCGUAAGGUGCUCAGUAACACUCGCGAGCGCUGGCGUCAGCAGAGCGUGAACACGGCGUUUGCGGAACUCAGGAAGCUCAUCCCGACUCAUCCUCCUGAGAAGAAGCUGAGCAAGAAUGAGAUCCUGAGACUGGCCAUGCGUUACAUCACCUUCCUGCUCACGCUGCUGGAGAACCAGAGAGACGGAGAACACUCGUCCUCCACCCUCAUUACACUCAUCACGGGGAACAUGAGGAACCUGAGCUCACAUACAGAGACACACUCGCCUGGAUCCGGCAGUGACGGUGCAGAGACCUGGUAG